ACAAUCCUCCAGAUCAUCAUCUUCUUCAUUCACACCUUAUCCAUUCCCAGUUCCUCUUUCUCUUUCCCUUUCCAACCUCUUUCUCUAGCCAAACAUGCGAUAUGCCAGACACACUCCAUCUCUCCCCCUCAACCACCACCACCACCGGCCAACUUCCGGCCAACUUUUCCUCUAAACAAUUAAAUUUCACUCCAAACCCACUUCAAAGAAACCUUCAAUUCCCCACCCUUUCCUCCUCCUCCGCCGCCGCCGCCGCCGUCAACAUCUCCAUUUCCAAACCCUGUCUCCCAUCUUCAAUCAAUGCCCACUCAGACUUCCAAGAAAAAAUGCUAUUUCUCGACUCAAUCGGAAUCGAUUUCCUCUCCCUAACAUCUUCCCACCCACACAUCGCCGCCGCCGCUUCAGUGUCCGACUUAAAACAAAUCAUCAAUUACCUCACCUCCAUCGGUCUCUCAACUUCAGAUCUCAACCGAAUCGCUUCAAUGUGUCCUGAAAUACUAUCUCUAAAACUCACCCAUCUUCAACAAGUAAUCACCUUUCUCCAACAAGAAGCCGGAGUCGAAAAAACCAAACUCCGCCACGCCAUCCACCGUCGGCCGCGACUCCUGAUCAGCUCCGUCGAAAACCGCCUGCAACCCACACUCAAUUUCCUUAAAACCAUCGGAGUAAGCGAAAUAAACCGGCACACGUCUCUCCUUUCAUGCUCCGUGGAGGAGAAAUUCAUACCCAGAAUCGAAUAUCUUCAGAAAAUUGGGUUUUCUUACAAGGAAACGACUUUGAUGAUUCGGAGGUUUCCUUCGUUACUCCGGUACAGUAUUGAGGAGAAUUUGGAACCGAAAUUGAACUAUCUUGUGGUGGAAAUGGGAAGGGAAUUGAAGGAAUUGGUUGUUUUUCCGGAGUAUUUAUCGUUUAGUUUAGAGAAUAGGAUAAAGGCUAGACACCGGCGAUGCGUUGAGAAGGGUGUGGUUCUUUCUCUGCAGUUAAUGCUAAAGAGCAAUGAAGAAACGUUUGUGAGGUUAUUGGAAGAGAUUCCUUGUUGUAAUUCAUCACUUCUUCCGGUCAGAAAUUCCCAUUUGUUGAUUGCAUGAAUACAUAAUUCAUUUCUUAA